AUGCAGUCUAUGCAGAAACAGUUCGGAAAGCUCAUGAGCAAGAGUCCUGGCGACAAUGCGAAAGUUGCUGCCAUUUUGCAUGAUUAUGAGGAUGCAGAUAAGCUUUUGGGCCAGAUAAUCGAGAGUACAAGGCACCUUCGUGACUCCUGGGUGGCGGUGGGAACUACUCAAUUAGCCAUGGUCAAGGAAUACGAGGGUCUGUACGACCCUAUUGUUGGCGCCUCGGAAGGGCAUGGCCGACCGAGCCUCGCUACGCCCCAGCAACAGCUUGAUCGAACAUUCAAGCUGCGCGAGGCUUACUCUGGCCUUAGGGAUGAAUUAAUCGAGGAGGUAUCAGCUAUUGAUACUCAGGUCAUCCGCCCUGCCACUGAAGCUCGCGAUUACCUUCAGCCCAUUCGGAAGACCAUUAAGAAGCGGGAGAACAAGCGAUUAGAGUUUGAAAAGGCCCAAGACAGACUUAAGAAGCUCCAGAAGAAGAUGGGCAGAACACAAAAGGAGGAAGCCCAGUUAUCAAAGGCAGAGCACGAUUUGGCAUGUGCUUCAGAGGAAUUCCAGGUCGCGGACACUCACCUUCGAGAAGCGCUUCCACCAAUUAUCGAUGCUACUUUCACCCUGAUCCCCAAUUUGCUGGCCUCACACGUUUGCAUACAGAACAGGCUCCUUGGUCUUUAUUACACAGUGCUCCACAACUAUUGCGAGGAGUGCGAGUUCCCUUCGCCCCCGCCUCCAAUGGAGCAUGUGAUAUCAACCUGGUCCUCCUUGUUUAGACCGGCCCAGAAGGAGGCAGAAGCCAUCAGUUGCAUUGCACACGGUAGAGCUUGGCGCCAAGCCACGAGAUCUGGUGACGAUUCUCAAGCUCGGAAGCCAUCAAUUGCGUCAAUGCCUCCUUCUAACCCCUUUUCGCGGACAUCUUCAUACACAUCGUCCGAGGGUGAAAGAAACACACCAACCCCUCGAGUUGUUCGGAUUCCAUCAUCUACUUCCAUGAAUCGACCGUCCGCCACCUCUGAAGCUUCCCGUCGGCCAAACUCAGAGACUAUAAGCACAAGUGCCUCGCGCGUUCAGCUCGGCUUGCCAACCGACUUCACGACAGCCACUGCUCUCGGCCCCCAAGGGCUGUCUCGUGUAUCGCCGACAUACUCAGCGUCUAAUUCAGAGCACUUUGGUCACCAAUCAGGAAUGUUAACUGAUGGCAAUAUUAUUGCGGCUAAGAAGAAGCCACCACCGCCACCUCCUCCGGCCAAACGCUGCCAAGUGUCAGAUGAGUUUGUGAUUGCGCAGUACGAUUUUGCUGGUGGAAACGGCGACCUGAGCUUCCGCGAGGGAGACAAGAUUAAAAUCAUCAAGAAGACGCAAACGGAUCAAGACUGGUGGGUUGGCGAGUUGGAGGGAACCAAGGGUAAUUUCCCUGCCAACUACUGCAAGGCAAUUUGA